UGCUCUCCCUUUUCUUUCUUCCCUCUGUCCCUCUACUUUAAUUUCUUGUUAUUCUUUCAUUAUUUUUCCAUUUCCUAUUAUUCUCCUCUCAUUUGUUCCCCCUGUUCCCUUCCAUUUCCCUCUCUUUCUUUCAUAUCUUCUCCUUUUCCUUUCCUCCUUCUCCUCCUCUUCCUCCUCCUCCUUUCCAUUCCUUUUCCUCCUCUUUCCACUCCCUUUCCUCCUCUUCCUCCACCCCCCACUCCCCCCACCCCUUCUCCCUCUCCCCCCCACAAUGGCGGGCGGGGGGGACACGCGGAGGACGUGGCCGCACCAUCGCAAGUCGCUCUUCUGCAGACUGUGGCGGAGAGGCGUGCUGGGCAUGAUGGCGUCGGCGCGUGUGCUGGUGGUGCGCGGGUCGCUGUUCCUCAACGCCGUCCUGGUGCUGUACCUGUGCCUCUCGUGGCUCUCCACCACGCCCACCACGCGCCUCGUGCCCUCCUCCUCCGCCUUCAGGGGCGUGAGCUCGGCGCUGCCUCUGCCCGCCCUGCCCAUGCCCGGCGCGGCGGAAGGCGCGGAUGAGGGCGUGGCUCCGCUGCCGCUCCUCGUCGGGGCGGGGGGGGAGGCGGCGCCGCCCCCGCUCGCGCAGCAGGGCUCGGCGCCCCUCCACCUGCCGCCCUUGUCGCCCGAGCUGCUGCCCGAGGGCGCCGCCGCCCCCGCCGACAUGUCCCUCGGCGGGCGGAGGACCCUGGGCCAGCGCGUGGCCGACGAGCCGCACCCUGACGGCGGCGCAGGCGGCGCUGCCCCGGGGGCGCUGUCGCCGUCCGCCGCGGGCGCGGGAGGCGAGCCGGAGGAGCCGCCCCGGGAGGUGCAGGAGAGCGCGGGCGUGACGGAGCAGCUGGUGGCGGAGCCGAUCGUGACGGAGCCGCCCGACCCGCCGCUGGACUCGCAGGAGCGCAAGAUGUACGCGGACCUGCGCGAGUGCUCGACGCGCUCGCUGCGCCCGUUCUACCAGCAGCGCGGCGACUACUGGGUGCUCGAGAACUACAUCCCCGCCGCCCUGGCCUUCCGCUGCGACGAGUCCAUCACCUACACCACCCACGGCGACUUCACCUUCCUCGACAAUCUGGAGCCGCUCACCUCCAGGUGGCAGGGCCCUGUGAGCGUGGCGGUGUACGCGCCGGGCACGGACUUCAACGCCACCGUCAGCACCAUCCUGUACCUGCGCGACUGCUGGGCGGAAGGCAUCAAGAAAUACGUGACGUUCCACCUGUUCUUCCACGUCUCGCACACGCCCAAGAAGGUGCCGACGACGGAGGAGCUGCUUCGGCGCAAGACGGACUGCGCGCAGGAGCCGCCGCGCUGGACCAACGUGACCACGUACCGCCAGAAGAAGAAGCUGCUGUACCCCGUCAACGUGGCCAGGAACACGGCGCGCCAGGCGGUGCAGACGUACUUCGUGCUGCCGUCGGACGUGGAGCUCUACCCGUCCGUCAAUUUCAUCCCAGAGUUCUUCAAGAUGCUGAAGAAGCCCGACGUCUCGAACAGCACCAACCCGCGCGUGUACGUGUUCUCCAUCUUCGAGGUGCGGGACAACGUGACGGCGCCCGAGACCAAGGCCGACCUCCAGCGCAUGCUCAAGAAGGGCGACGCCAUCCCCUUCCACAAGAACGUGUGCGCCAAGUGCCAUAACGUGCCCAUGUCGAAGGAGUGGAUCGCCGCGCCGCUGCAGCCGGGGAUGUCCGUGUUCCACGUGGGCAAGCGGCAGCCGCCGUACCACAAGUGGGAGCCCAUCUACGUGGGCACCAACAAGGAGCCUCUCUACGACGAGCGCCUCUCGUGGGAGGGCAAGAGCGACAAGAUGACGCAGAUGUACAUCCUGUGCGUCCGCGACUACGAGUUCCACAUCAUGGACAACGCCUUCCUCGUCCACCGGCCGGGAAUCAAGAAGCUGCACAAGGACCCUUCGCGGGACCGGGUGGUGGCCAAGCAGAACACGGCGAUCCGCACCAAGAUCCUCCCCGAGUACAAGACCAUGUUUGGGUACCGGAAGACCUGCGUUAUUUGAGGAGGGAGACUUCUAGGACGAGGCUGAGUGGUUGGGUGUGG